UUUUCUUUCUCUCCACCACUGCAAAAACCUCUCUUUUCCAUUCCUUACUUAUUCCAGAUGGUGUUGAGGUUGACGGUGAGAGAAAUUAUAACGAGUUGUUAUCAUGGGAAACGAGGAGAUCCAUGGAGGAAGAUGCUGUUUUACCAAACGCGUCUUUAAUAUUGGCUCAAAAACGGACGUCAAGAAAGGACCCUCUUGAUAAUUUCAACCGUUACAUCGGUGGUUGGAAUAUCAGCAAUAAUCAUUACAUUGCCUCUGUUGUUUUUACUGCAGUUCCAUUCUUCAUCGUUGCUGCAGUUUGGUUGGUGCUUUUCGGGCUUUGUUUAUCCUUCAUAUGUUUUUGUUACUGCUGUUGUCCUAGAGAGCCUUAUGGAUAUUCUCGUGUGGCCUAUGCUUUGUCCUUGUUCUUACUCAUUCUCUUCACCCUUGCAGCAAUUGUUGGAUGUGUUGUACUUUACACUGCUCAAGGUAAGUUUCAUGGAAGCACCUCAAACACACUGGAAUAUGUUGUCAGUCAGGCUGACUUCACUGCCGAAAACCUCAGGAACGUGUCAGAUUAUCUCGAUGCAGCCAAGAAUAUUGGAGUCGAUGCUGUGUUUUUGCCUGGCGAUGUUCAGAACAACAUUGAUAAUGUGAAAACUAAGAUUAAUUCUUCUGCUGUGGAGCUUUCCACCAAGACUAAAGAUAAUUCGGAGAAAAUAAAAGAUGGCAUUGAUGGAAUGAGAUUGGCUCUUGUUAUUCUUGCUGCUGUUAUGCUCUUUAUUGCAUUUCUUGGAUUCUUAUUUUCGAUAUUAGGACUGCAAGGUCUUGUAUACUUUUUGGUAAUUGUCGGAUGGAUUCUUGUUGCCUGCACAUUUAUACUCUGUGGCGUAUUUCUUUUUCUUCACAAUGUCGUUGGAGAUACAUGUGUUGCCAUGGAUGAGUGGGUUCAGAACCCAACUGCACAUACAGCCUUGGACGAAAUUCUUCCCUGUGUGGAUAAUGCAACUGCUCAGCAGACUUUGUUAGAAAGCAGGGACGUGACACGCCAACUAGUUAUAUUGGUCGACAAAGUUAUUUCCGAUGUCACAAAUAGAAAUUUUCCACCUCAAGCUGGACCUUUGUAUUACAAUCAAUCAGGCCCCCUCAUGCCUGUUCUGUGCAAUCCGUUUAACCCUGAUCUCACGGUUCGGGCUUGUGUGACCGGGGAAGUUCCACUGGACAAUGCUACUGAGGUUUGGAAGAAUUAUAUAUGCCAAGUUUCUCCGGCAGGCCUUUGUAAGACGCCUGGUCGGAUGACCCCGUCCAUUAAUUCCCAAAUGGAAGCUGCUGUGAAUGUGAGCUACGCCUUGUAUCAUUAUGUUCCGUUCUUGAUUGAGCUACAAGACUGCACUUUUGUCCGGCAAACAUUCACAGACAUAAGCAACAAACAUUGUCCCGGCCUGCGCAACAAUAGUCAGUGGAUCUAUGUUGGAUUACUUAUUGUAUCUGCUGGUGUCAUGUUAUCAUUGAUCCUUUGGGUCGUUUAUGCAAGAGAGCGGCGGCAUCGUGUUUAUACUAAACUCAUUGCUGGAUAAAUAUAUAUUUAUAUGUUGAGACUCGAAACAUUAUUAGAUACAGUGUGAUUCUCUUGUACAUUUGAGUUGUAGAUUGUUUUGCAUGUUGAGUUCGGUAUCUUAUUUUAUGUGAUGUAGAGUUAUUUAUUUCUUACAAUUUAUCUAUAUACUUGAGUAGAGAUGUAUGAAGAGUGAUUCAAGGAACUACAGUUUAUUAGUGAAAAACAAUUUAGUGCGUUUUGAUUUAAUUUUGCUAUCGACGAAGCCUUUGGGUCGCUCUUCUUGAGAUGAGUGUUACAGCGUCAAUCUUGUAGUACCUAUUUUGAAGUUCGUAUGAAUUUUCUUUUGUAA